AGGACGAAUGAACGUUGGGCGCGCGGGAGUCUCGCGUUUGAAUCGAGAGGCGGCGCGAGCCGGGGUCGGGCUGCGAGAGGAGGAGGAGUGCUGUGUCCGGCGGGAAACUUUUUUUUCAGUCCGAGAGAGAGAGGCGCGUAUACACCCCCUCCGGGUCUUGAGGAGUUUUUUUUAUAUAUAAGUCUCUGCCUUGUAAAGAAAGAAAGGCCCAUUAAUUUUAAGCACUGUUUUCGCGCUCAACUUUCUAUUCAAAACAACAACCGUCACCGCACACACAUUAAAAAAAAAACCCCACCAAGAAGGGCUCAAAGAUGUGGAUCCAGGUGCGGACGAUGGACGGUAAAGAGACUCGGCGCAUUGAUGGCCUCUCGAAACUGACGCUGGUGCAGGAGCUGAGGGCCAAGAUCCAUGAAGCGUUUGGGGUAGAGGCGGAGAGGCAGCGACUCUUCUACAGGGGAAAGCAGAUGGAAGAUGCCCAUUCCCUUUUUGACUAUAAUGUUGGAUUGAAUGAUAUCAUCCAACUACUUAUACGCCAGGCUGGUUCAUCACAAAGUACAGUCAGGAAGGAGAAGGAUGCUGAGCUCUCUGAUACAGAUUCUGGAUGUGGAUCUGGCCAGAGUGAGUCUGACAAGAACUCAAAUAAUGGUGAAUGUGCUAUGGAAAUGGAAGGUCAGGCAGGGACAUCUACACAGCUUGACCUCAUUGAUCCAGGAUAUGGUUUGUACAAGAUCAAUGAAUGUGUUGAUGCUCGAGACAUGAACAUGGGUGCUUGGUUUGAAGCUGUGGUGGGUAAUGUAACAUUGGAUGAAAGUACAAAUAAAACCACCGAUAAUGAGGAGUCUGCAGAUACAAGUAAAUCUACGGAGACCAAGGCUGCUGAAGAAGAUGUCAUUUACCAUAUUAAAUAUGAAGAUUACCCUGAAAAUGGAAUUGUGCAGUUGCGUUCAAAAGAUAUUCGCCCACGGGCUAGGACAAUCCUACAGUGGGAACAACUUCAAGUUGGGCAGGUGGUAAUGGUAAACUACAAUCCAGAUGAACCUAAGGAGCGAGGAUAUUGGUACGAUGCAGAGAUUUUGCGAAAAAAAGAGACCAGAACCAUCAAGGAAAUCUACACAAGAAUUCUCUUGGGGGAUGCUGGGGAUUCCUUAACUGAUUGCAAGAUCAUGUUGGUGGAUGAAAUCUACCAGAUUGAGAAACCAGGAAGUGCUGGAGGAGCUGUAUCUGAAAGCCCUAUGAAAAGACAGAAUGGACCUGAAUGCAAACAUUGCAAAGAUAACCCCAACAAGGAGUGCAAACAGUGUGCUUGCCAUACGUGUGGUGGGAAACAAGAUCCAGAGAAGCAGCUACUGUGUGACGAAUGUGACAUGGCUUAUCACACAUAUUGCCUCACCCCUCCCCUCACAAUCGUACCUGAGGAUGAAGACUGGUACUGUCCACUAUGUAAGAUUGACACCAAUGAAGUGGUGCUGGCUGGUGAGAAACUGAAGGAGAGCAAGAAGAAAGCCAAGAUGGCCUCUGCUAAUUCUGCUUGUCAGCGAGACUGGGGCAAGGGUAUGGCCUGUGUUGGUCGCACAAAAGAGUGUACAAUUGUUCCCUCUAACCAUUAUGGGCCUGUACCCGGUGUACCUGUUGGAAAUCAGUGGAAAUUUAGAGUUCAGGUGAGUGAAUCAGGAGUUCAUAGACCACAUGUGGCAGGGAUUCAUGGUCGGAGCAAUGAUGGAGCAUAUUCUCUUGUGCUCGCGGGAGGAUACGAAGAUGAUGUGGAUCAUGGGGGUGAUUUCACAUACACUGGAAGUGGAGGACGUGACCUCUCUGGCAACAAACGUACUGCAGAACAGUCAUGUGAUCAGAAGCUCACCAAUAUGAACAGGGCUCUGGCGCUAAAUUGUAACGCUCCCAUUAAUGACAAAGUGGGCGCUGAUGCUAAAGACUGGAGAGCGGGCAAACCGGUCAGGGUCGUGAGAAGUGCCAAAGGCCGUAAACACAGCAAGUAUGCGCCAGAAGAAGGAAACCGCUAUGAUGGCAUUUAUAAGGUGGCAAAGUACUGGCCCGAGACAGGCAAGUCUGGGUUCUUGGUUUGGCGAUAUUUGUUAAAACGGGAUGAUGAAGAACGCCCAUGGACUAAAGAUGGCAAAGAGAGGCUGAAGAAGCUUGGUUUAACAAUUCAGUACCCUGAAGGUUACCUUGAAGCUGUGGCUAAUAAAGAUAAGGAAAAUAAAAAACGAGAGAUAGAAGAUCCUGAGACGCCAAGCAAAGGGAAAAGGAAAAGAAAAUCAAAUGCUGCAGAUGAGAAUGAAUUUACCUCAUCGCCUCGGUCUGCGAAAGGUACGCCAAAGAAACAGAAGUUGGAAGCAUUCAAACUGACGGCAGAGCAGAAAAAAAUCAUUAAAGAAGAUGAAGUGAAUAAAAAGCUGUGGGAUGAGGCAUUGCUAUCCCUUAAGGAUGGCCCGAAAUUUCUGUUAAAGUUGGAAGAAACGUUCUUGUGCAUUUGCUGUCAGGAGGUCGUGUUUCAACCGAUAACAACAGACUGUCAACACAAUGUUUGCAAAAGCUGCUUACAACGUUCGUUCAAGGCUGAAGUGUACACGUGUCCUGCCUGCCGCCAUGACAUUGGUAAAAAUUGCAGCAUGGUGGUUAACAAAAGUCUGCAGACUCUUCUAACCCAGCUGUUCCCAGGAUAUGGUAAUGGUCGGUGAUGCCUUCCAUCUCAUGGUUCUCUUUCUCUCUCCCUCUCGUUCUCACCUACUAAAUUUGCUCAUAAGAUUUGUUUAAGUGCGUGGCUAAUCUGGCCUACAGAGCUUGACUGGAGGACAGAUCGACUAAUGAACCCAGGGUAGCUGACUUCCACUUUCCCCCCCCAAUCUUUCGGUGCAGCACGUACGAACGUCAAGUUUCCGUGCUUUCUUUUUUUUAGCCUAGCAGCUUGUCUAGAUGUGCAGACCAAUUUCAUUGGUGUAACACUGUGGGGAAAUUUUGAAAAAAUACUACCUCAAAGUGGGGAUACUUUUCUGGGGGUUUUCUUUGGCCAGUGUAGGUUCAGCUGAACACUGCCUAUCUAGUCAGCCUUGAUUCUUUUUGCUUGAUCAGUUAAGCCAUCACAUAAGUGCCUUAGCCCUUGUUGAAGGCUGGGCUGUGAACGUCUUCCUAGCACUGAAAUGUUUCGAACUGCAAAAUAGCACAUUGUUUGACAAACUUAGCUGUGCAGAUCAUUUUUUUGUCAGAGUAUUUUAGCAGGGAAUAUGCAGGUUUUCGAUGUACUGUUUUUUUUAUAUAUAAAACAGUAAGUAACCUUUUGGUUGUGGUCUGUAAUUCAGAAAUGUAAAUUUUUUCCAUUUAUUAAUGAUUUUCAUUUAUUGUUGAUGUUAAUGAUCUUCCCACUCUGGUGUACUGUGAAAAACAAUCCUAUAUUGAAAUUUGCAAGCCAGGAUGUAACCAAGCCGGUGGGGAGACCUGAAACUUUCAUGUCUACCUUUCUUAUAAAAGGAUUUCUUCACAUACCACAUUCUGACAAUACCAAAGGAUGCAGUAUGGUACCUCAACAUUGUAAUGGACAUCAUUCCAUACUUCAGAUUUAGGCUCUGAGGGAGUCAAACUGGACAUAAUCAACUUUUUUUUUAAUAAAUUCAUUUUAUUGUACUGUUUAAAGACCUUAAAAAAUCAUUAGUACGUCUGUGGAAAAUUCUAGAAUUUCAUGGGAUAUCACUUUAAUAAAUGCUGUGUUUAUGUGCUGACUUUUUAAAAUAAAAUUUUUCUUGC